UUUUGAUUUUGCCAUCAUUUCCCUCGCACUCUCUCUGCAUUCAUGAUUGCACUGCACCUACGCUUAUAAAUUUUUUAUUUUUCAACUCCAGAGAAAUCAGAAACUAAGAGAUUGUGUGAGAUUCAAGAUUUGAGAUUUCUCUGCCUGAGCUUUUACUGGUUAUUCGGACAUGGAUUCUACGGCACAAACUAUUGAACGGCACCCGCUGUUGGUGAAACUCUGGCCACCAAGUCGGAGUACCAGGCUGAUGCUUGUUGAGCGGAUGACCAAAAAUCUUACUACACCAUCCAUUUUCUCUAGAAAGUAUGGCUUACUGACCAAGGAGGAGGCCGAGGAGGAUGCCAAGCAAAUAGAAGAGGUGGCUUUCGCAGCUGCAGAUCAAAACUACAAGAAUGAGCCAGAUGGUGAUGGAAGUUCUGCAGUGCAAAUUUAUGCCAAAGAAUCUAGUAAACUAAUGCUUGAGGUUAUUAAAAGAGGCCCUAGAAUCAAGGAUAGAGAGUUGAUGUCAUCUGAUAAAUCUGUUGCUGCCUGUGAUACUGUCUUUGAUAUAUCUGGUGGUCAGCGGGCAUUUAUUGAAGCAGAGGAGGCUGAGGACCUUUUAAAACCUCUUAGGGAGCCAGGGAACUUAUACACUAAGAUAUGCUUCAGUAAUAGAAGUUUCGGCAUCGAUGCAGCAUGUGUUGCUGCACCUAUCUUGUCAUCCAUUAAGGAUCAAUUGACAGAAGUAGACCUUUCAGAUUUUAUUGCAGGGAGGUCAGAGGCAGAUGCUCUUGAUGUCAUGAAUAUUUUUUCUUCAGCCCUAGAGGGUUGUCAAUUACACUAUCUGAACCUUUCAAACAAUGCCUUGGGUGAAAAAGGUGUCAGGGCAUUUGGGGCCCUCCUCAAGUCGCAACAUAAUCUUGAAGAGCUUUAUUUGAUCAAUGAUGGUAUAUCUGAGGAAGCUGCAAGAGCACUUUGUGAGCUGAUACCUUCUACUGACAAGCUUAAAAUCCUUCACUUUCAUAAUAACAUGACAGGAGAUGAAGGUGCAGUGGCCAUCUCUGAGAUUGUAAAGCAUUCUCGUGCGUUAGAGAAUUUCCGGUGUUCUUCUACUAGAAUUGGGGCAGAGGGUGGUAUUGCCCUCGCUGAAGCACUUGCAACUUGUUCCCAUAUGAAGAUGCUUGAUCUUCGUGACAAUAUGUUUGGUGUAGAAGCUGGAGUUGCUUUGCUUAAAGCUCUCUCUCUCUUUGCAGAUCUUACUGAGGUUUACCUCAGUUAUCUGAACUUGGAGGAUGAGGGGUCAGAAGCCCUUGCCAAUGCUCUGAAGGAAUCUGCACCUUCACUUGAAAUUUUGGAAAUGGCUGGAAAUGAUAUUACAGCCAAAACUGCUUCAUCUUUAGCAGCCUGCAUUUCAUCAAAACAAUUUCUUACAAAGUUGAGCUUGGCUGAAAAUGAGCUGAAGGAUGAAGGUGCUAUUCUGAUUGGUAAGGCAUUAGAAGAGGGUCAUGAUCAGUUGAAUGAGGUUGAUCUGAGCUCAAACAAAAUCCGGAGGGCUGGGGCUAGGCUCUUGGCUCAGGCUGUUUUGAACAAACCUGGAUUUAAGUUGCUGAACAUUGAUGGUAAUUUCAUAUCUGACGAAGGGAUUGAUGAGUUGAAGGAGAUAUUAAAAAGUUCUCCUGGUAUACAUUGCCCUCUGGAUGAGAAUGAUCCAGAAGGGGAAGAUCUUGAUGAGGAUGUUGAAGAGAAUGAUGUAGAACUUGAGAGUGAACUGGAAUCAAAGCUUAAAGAUCUCAACAUCUAGCAAGAAGAAUAUAAGUGCAAUGCCUGUCCUUGCAUUGUCCAGUUGAGGCUGUUUUUAGUUACAAUCUUGCUUCCCUGUGCAAGCUAGUUUGCAUGUAGUGUUAUAGUUGAUUCAUCUGUUGUAGGUUAAAGUUUGAGAAGAGUACUUCAGAGAUUAGAACACCAGAAUCAAUGGUAGGAGCCCCAAUUAGGUGGGAGCUACAUUUUGUCCGAGGCUUUACUCAGCAAUGUUGUACUUUUGGAUAAUAUGCUGUCAUUUAUUUACCUGUAUCUAAAAUUUAUCUUGGAGGUAGAAGUCAUCUUGUUUCCUUGACAUUACUGUUCAGUGUUUCAAUAUCAUUUUUGCUUAUGUUUGUUAAAUGUCAGUUGAUAUAUGAAUGAUCAAAAUUUUAUGUA